UUUAAAUACAUACAUCGGUGACUUAUUAUUCUGUUGUAAUACGAAAUAAUAGGUUAUUAAGUCUUAUGAUAAUUUACGUAACUUCUGAUCCUUUGAUAUUGAAGAAAUUAUCGACAAAAUCAUGCCGAUGAGAAAUCAUGUCGAUAGUUUAUUCUGCGGCUUCGAUUUCAUCGUGAUAGAAUGUAAAAAUUAUUCGAACGCAAAUGAAAAUUACAACAGUUGCGCUGUAGUUCAGUCACUUGUCUUAUAUCAGAAAUGGCGCAAAAUCAAGGUGCACGCUUCCGUGAAAAUCGGAUAUUAUAGGGCCUCGUCAAAAAGAAGGAAUGCUACGAAAAAUAUGACAGGACAAGAUGAGGAUGUAUCUUUCCAUUUGGGAGAAAUGUUUGAUAGCUAUGAAGAAUUGGAACACAAGUUGGAGAGAUUUUCAAAGCGUAGUCUAGUUCACUACUGGAGAAGAGACAGUAGGACUGUUAAUGGAGCUCAUAUGAAAACUGCUCGUCCAAUUAGCGAACGUUUAAAAUAUUAUUCUGUCAAAUAUGCAUGUAUUUAUGGUGGUCAGAAGUUUUUACCACGUGGAGCUGGCAGAAGACAGUCCCAGUUAGUUUAUAAAAUUAUAUCGAUAAGAACAAAUUGUCCUGCUCAUAUUAUGUUAAGAGCAUCAAAAGAUGGUACAAAGCUAGAGGUAACUAGUGUCAAUAAUGAACAUAAUCACGAAAUUUCAGAGGAACUGUUCAAAAAUCUUCCACAAGAAAGGAAGUUAUGUGGCGAAAUUAAACAGGAAGUACAAGAUCUCAUGCAAUUACAUAUUGAUCGAAAAAGAUUGAAAGAAUAUGUAAGAUUGCGAACAAACAAGAUACUUAGGUCCAAAGAUUUAUUUAAUAUAGCAGCAGCUAAUAAACAAAAGAGGAAUAUAACGCCUGAGAGAGCGUAUCAGUUAUUUAAAAAAAUUCACGACAUAGAGAAAAUGCAAGGCAGAAACAAUGAUAGGAAAAUAUAUUCUGAAUCUGAAGAUGAAAUUGCACAAACGAUAAAAAGGAUAAAAAAAGAACAAGAAUCUCCUUGGGGGCAAGAUGGAUUACCAACUGAAUUGGAAGUGGGUGAAGGAAAUGAUGGUGAUGAUUCUUACAGUGGUCAAUUAACACAAGAAGAAGUGGUAGAUGAAAUUGAUACAACAGAAGGUGAACUAUUGAGAACAAAUAAUGACGGGGAUAUUAUAGCAGCGAACGGUGAAAUUGUAGGAGAGUUAGUAAUGCAAGAUGGGGAUCCAUCUGUAAUUGUCGAGUCCAUUGUGAACGCUGAUGGUUCUGUUUUUGUAGAUGAGAGAGAAUUUAAUACCUAUUGUAACAAUCAUUUAUCACAUACCGUAGAUGGUAGUCAAUCUCCCAGUACUAGAGUUUUAGACAUUGAAACCAUCGCUCCUACUGCUAAUAUGGAAAAAAUAAAAGGAACAUCUACCUCUCCUAAACAGCAAACUAGAUCUCUUACACCUCAGUCACAACAAACUGUAAAAUCGCCAUCAAAUACUUUCAAUGAAUCUGCAGACUCUAGGAUUUGGAUCAUGAAAGAGGCUACAAAUACAGAGGCGGAGCCUGACAGUGAACCUGAAAGUGAAAUAAAUUGUUCGAAGUCGACGACAACUGUAAAAGCAGAUGUUGAUACGCCUGAGGUGAUAUUGUCGGACGAAGCCAGUCAUCAAUUGCUUCAAGAACAAUUAGCAGUACUUCGUGCAGAAAAAGGAAAGUUGUAUCAUGAAACUGAAAUGUUGAAACUUAAAAAAGAUAAAUUAAAAUUACAGAUGAAUUGUUAUUCAAAUGAGAUACGAAAGCAAGAAAUGGAAAAAGAAAAAUUGCGACUUGAAAUUAAAUUGCUACAGUCAAAGGUUAUGGAAGAUUCCAAUGAUGUUUCUCAUUAUAUUUUUGUGCCUUGAACGAUACGUUAUGAUCACAGAAAUAAGUAAUUGCAGAACAAAAGUAACAUGCAAACAAAUUGUUAGGAUGUUUGUUCUGUUAUAAAAAUUUGCAUAAGAAUCAUUGCUCGUAUGUUCAAACGUUUUCGAAUGUUUCGAUAAUGCUCGUUUAUUCAAUUUUAUUUAAUAUCAAUUGCACUAGAAAUUUUCUUAAUGAAGUGAAAUUUAAGAUAUUUUUUUUAUU